AUGAGGGGUGUGAGCAUUGUUUGUUUUUUUCUUUGCGUCACACUUGCUUUCCAAGUGCUGCCUUUGCAUGCGGAGCCGUCACCGAUUCCUGCUCGAGCCCAACGAUCCUCCACUCAGAAAAUACCUUUCAGGGCGUCUCCCACCGAUUUGUUGGUGUUCCCGUUCUCUGCCUGUGAUGCGGAUGUGAAGCAGCUAUGCCCCACGCAAAAGGAGUCGCCGCUUAAGUGUCUCCUGCAGCACUUUGAGUCCCAACGGUCCUCCGAAUACCCGUGGCGACGACGCCCCGCCUUCAGCAAGGCCUGCAGCAGGUGGCUAUGGGCAAGGCAGGAGUGUGUGUCGUACGUGCGGUUGGCAGGAAAGUGCCGCGUUUCGGAAAGUGCAAGAGACUGUCUUCGACGCGUGCCACCGCGCGACCUUCCUCCGGGUUGCCGUGACACAGAGUACUACCGAAGUGUGUUGUUGUAUGGAGAGAUGAAGAGGACACAGAGAAUGCGCCCCCCAGAGAAGAGUAAAGAAAACAGAACCGAACAGCACGCAGAGUAG